AUGUGCAUCAAGAGCACAGAAUAUGGACCAGAUCGGCCAGGUGUCUGGUUCACAGACCAAUUUGCAAGGAAGAGCUCUACUGCUGCGCGAGCACUGGACCACAGGUACAAGAUGAUUGGUAUCUCUUUCGGAGAUAUGGUAGAAGGCUCGGUUCUACACCUUGGUCGCAAAGGAAAAAAAUCAUCCGUUACUUCUGCUGAAUACAUGGAGUCCAAAAAGCAAGAAACAGCUCAGACUCUGAUCUGGGACGACUCAAGGACUCAACGAUGCUGGCACCGAGGUAUUAGGCAGGAACGGACGAAUAUCUAUUUGUAUUUCUGCACAUAUUUAGUAUUGUCGAAUAAAUCCUUCUCGACUCCAAGGCAGUUAGAAUCCGGGAAAAGCUGCCCGUCAAUUUUGCAUUGGAAAGGCUCGGACUCAUCCAGCUACCUUGGUCUAAAUCAUGACACCCUCUGGAAGCGUCCACAGCAUCGUUCAUUAUCCCUCCUCGCGCGCCUGGUGCGCUCCCAUCUUCCUGUAAUGCUCUCUCGACUCCCACAAGAUUUCUCGCCCUUUCCUUCUGUCGAUGAGAGCAGUCUGGUGCUUGGACCGGGAGGGAAGACUUCAAUUGUGGCCGGCCAGGACGUCGAUGAACAGCAGUCAGCGGUGAUGGGGCAUGAGGGUUCGUCUCAGAGCCCACCAACCGACCCGAACGUCGUAUCACAGCUGCCUCAACCUGCAGCUUCUGACGGCUCGCCAUUAAAUACUCAGUCACAGACGUUUUCUUCAGACUCGGCCCAGUCGAUUGUGUCUGCGACCGAAAGUGCCUUCAUAACCGUGUCUGACACAGCAACUACAUCUCCGGCUCAGUCUUCCUCGAUAUCCACGGCCACGACUACGACCACGACCGCCACUAUUUCUUCUACCCUCCAGACUGCCUCCCAAAGCUCGUCCAUCGCGAGCCCUUCCGUUAUACCUGCCAAUCAUGUCUCUAAUCGUCCUGACGCGUCUCUUUAUGUCGGGAUCGCUCUGGGGAGUCUCGCUGUUGUGGCAUUGAUAGCCUCUCUACUUCACUGGUGGCUUCGCAUGCGCGGUCGCGAGCGUCUUAGGCCUUGGGACGGUAAUUUGUCUGAAUCGCACCUGAAUUGGUGGGAUCCUGCUCGCGAUCAUGAUGCUAGCGAGCCGAAGCCUCAGCGCGCCCAUCUUAGCGCCAUGAAGGCCCCUUCUAUGUCUUCUAUCAACAGCAGGCCCACGGGAUCACGUAGAGGCUUGGGGUUUUCGAGAGAUCCGUACACUCUGGGACAUGUACCAACAAUCCCUCUUCGAAGCCAAAUGUCUGCUGGAAGCGUCCGGGGCCUCAAUCUCGACUUGGGGCAUCUGACUGUGACUAACCUGGUUUCUGGGGAUAUCAUUUCUUCCGGUGAAGAGAGUAGUCGACCGACUACGAGACUGGGCAUGGCGAGCAUGGCCGGGACUCCAAGAGAAUCGAUGCAGGAUUUUCGACCGAGAUACUUGGGAUUGGGUAACGGAGGGCUCGCGGUACCUUGGGAGCCACCACAGUCGCAUGACAGUGAUAGAUGGAAGAUCAGGCUGAGAUCUGGGGAUGCUGCACGCCCUACCGAGUCUUCGUCAUCGCUACGAAGUUGCGAUGAUCCUUUGGCGUUGCCCUCGACUCGGUGGACGGAUUCUUUACGGUCCAAUAUUUUGAACGCGCUGAAUGGGUUUGCAGGCGCCCCACCGUCUGGGGCGUCCGAUGCCUCGGACGCACCUGGACCUUCCCAUCCUUGGCCCCUGACUCGAGAAAAGACAGAGUCUUGGAUGCUAGAGGAGACCCAUACAGGAGGCGGCAUUGUUCACAUCCGCGGCGUAGAUCCUGACCUGUUGAUGCCUCACCUCACAGAUGCACACGGUCAUCUCCCAUCGCCACCGCCAUUGCCACCACUUCCUUCUGCCCUGUCCAAAACAAACCCCUUCCUCGAUCGACCCUCCUAUCACCUGCCUUCUCUGCGCUAUCCUAACCCAUACUCAUCUUCCUCGAGCGCAUCUACCGUCUUGUCGCCUCGCCCGUCGCGAAAAACCUACCGCUCCCACCGACCGCCGAUCAUUAGUCGCCAUUCAUCUGGUGGCAGGUCCGCGACUUCCGUGGGCUCGGACAUGACACGCUCGUCGACCAACUCUGCGGCGAGGUUUGGGAGAUUGACAGAAAAAGAAGAGGCUGCCAGGAGAGCGCUGCGGGAAAGGAGGAUGAAAUCUGUUGGACACAGUAUCAAGUCUUAUUCUCGAAGGCGGGAGAGAACUGCAGAUGCACGCCUUGAUUGA